AUGAUUAACAUAAUCCUAGCCGACUAUGAGGAAACUGGGCUGACCAGCAAGGAAAAGAAGAGGAAGAUCAAACAGGCCACUAUGAUUUCCCAAGUCUCGGCUGACCUUCCGCUAGCAGAAGAUGAUCCUGUAAUCGGCUUCCAAAAGAAAGAUCUGAUCAGUCUCGACAUGCCACAUAACGAUGCCCUUGUUAUCAGCAUUCAAAUCGCCCAGGCCAUGGUCGAUUGA